UGAGAGUUUUGUUGUCUUUGUGUUUGAGAGGAGCUCCCGUCUCUCACUGUCUCUCUUCCCUUCUCCCCGGCUCCUUUGUAAACUCUCCCCCUGGGUUUUUACCCACCCGAACCUAUCCCCUUCUACCCUUAAAACCCUACCCUCCCCCUGAACACCUUCCAAGGCACGAAACAGAUUCCAUUCUUGUGACCAAAGACGCCAGCUCCUGACCAGCCCGGUCCCUCCACUAGUCACUGUACCCAUGAUGGACUCCGGUGUGAUCGAAGGAGGACUCAAUGUCACCCUCACCAUCAGAUUGCUCAUGCAUGGCAAGGAAGUCGGUAGCAUCAUAGGCAAGAAAGGAGAAUCUGUAAAGAAGAUGCGAGAAGAGAGUGGCGCUCGCAUUAAUAUCUCUGAAGGGAACUGUCCUGAGAGAAUCAUCACCCUUGCUGGACCCACGACUGCCAUUUUCAAAGCCUUUUCCAUGAUCAUUGAGAAGCUGGAAGAGGACAUCAGUAGUGCGAUGACCAACAGCACGGCCACCAGCAAGCCCCCAGUGACCCUGCGUAUUGUGGUGCCUGCCAGCCAGUGCGGCUCUCUCAUUGGCAAGGGCGGCUGUAAGAUCAAAGAGAUCCGCGAGUCGACGGGCGCUCAGGUCCAGGUGGCAGGGGACAUGCUGCCCAACUCCACGGAGCGUGCCAUCACCAUCGCCGGCACUCCGCAGUCCAUCAUCGAGUGCGUCAAGCAGAUCUGCGUUGUCAUGCUGGAGUCUCCUCCGAAGGGUGUGACCAUCCCUUACAGGCCCAAGCCCUCUGGCUCUCCGGUCAUCUUUGCUGGUGGACAGGCUUAUACCGUUCAAGGACAGUACGCCAUUCCACACCCAGAUCUCACUAAACUGCACCAGCUGGCCAUGCAGCAGAGCCCCUUCCCCUUGGCUCCCAGUAACACUGGCUUCACUGCAGGGAUGGAUGCCUCAGCCCAGACCAGUUCUCAUGAGCUCACCAUUCCAAAUGAUCUAAUUGGAUGCAUCAUUGGCCGCCAAGGUGCCAAAAUCAAUGAGAUUCGCCAGAUGUCCGGCGCACAGAUCAAAAUCGCCAACCCGGUAGAGGGUAGCACAGAUCGGCAAGUUACCAUCACUGGCUCACCGGCCAGCAUCAGCCUGGCAGAGUACCUCAUCAAUGCCAGGCUGUCUUCGGAAGCGACCGGACUGGCAACCAACUGACAUGUAAAAAGUCCCAGCACUAAAUCCUACUUUUUACCCAUUAAAAUCCAUUAAAGUAGUUAAAGCCACAAUCCACUUUUUCAUACUUAUUUUAUUUUUGUUAAACUAAUACCCACAAAUAAAUCCAUCUUUUUUUUUUUUCCUUAAGGAUUUCAGUUUUUAAUUCCCUUUACAUCUGAUCGGUGGUUUUAAUGUUCCUUUUUGUUUUUGAAAAGAAGACCAUUUACCUUUCUCUCCUUUUCAUAUUUUGAGUUUCUGUUAUACCAUCAGAAAGUGUAGAAGUGAAAAAUCUGAAUAGGCUUAAGUUUAGUUCUGUAAUGUCAGAUUUUUCUAAAAAAACGACAAAAAAAAAGAAAAAUUAAAAAAAAACAAAAAACAAAAUAAAAAAGAAUAGAUGGACUGAUUAUCUCUGUGUUCUUUUGUUUAAUUAUUAAUCCCACCUUUGGGGAGAAAGUGCAAAACCCCAUGCUUCCACUGAGGUCAGUCCUAUCCCUGUUAUAGUAAUUUGAUCUAAAUAAAUUCUGGAUUCUUAACAUUGGUGUGUAAGGGAUGUAUCUUGUAAACCCCUCCCAAAGGCACUGCAACAUGGCCCGUGUUCACUGUCGGGGAUGUACAGCUACAGUCUUGGAGGACUGCUCAGUCCACAGGUUUUCAUCUCUGUUCAGCUUCUGAUGUGAAGAGUGCAGCUCUCCCUGCCCCUGCUGGGAUUAGAUUCUGUACCUCACUCAGUGCCCUGAACCCUGUUGCACUAACUACAUUAUGGCUUAACUGGAGCAGUUUAACACCUUUCCUCAGUUCUUUGAGAUUAAGGUCCUGGAGAUGGCGGAUCCCUGCAAUCCUGCUGGAUUGCUGUCCUCUAGCCCUGGAGAUGAGCACCCCUCCUAUGAGUAAUGAUUACUCCAGUAUUGGAACAUGUAUGCCUGUUCAUUACAGUAGUACUCUGUGGUGUAGCCUGCUCCUUAAUUGUGAUUGAUUCAGGGGUUUCCAGGUCUUGUCCUUGGGGUCUGGAGUCCAGCAGGCUUUCUGCAGCUCAUUAGUCAGCUGCUUAAGGCAGUGGAGAAUGCGGAACACAUCUUCUGAGAGCUCAUAAUUGAAGGAAAUUCAGAUAAACUGCCGUGUUCUGACUUUGAGGACCGGAGCUGGAAAUUGCGGUCACCCUAUACUGAAAAGUUACUACUUUAUAUUCUAGAUAUUUACGUACCCAUGCAGAAUUCCCAGUGCCUAUUGUAGGAGUGUUUGACACAUCUAUCUGUGUAACAUUUAAUCCGCACUGGUUUAUUAAUUUGAUGACAGUGCACUAGUUGGGUUUAUUCUUUAGUCUUUUACUGUACGUGUUGCUUUUAUCUGAAGCAGUGGUGGUUGGCAAUUAGCCGAGUACUGCUAGGACAUGAUUUUGAGAUUAGGAAUGGUUGUGCUAUUGGGACAUUCUACAACUUUCCAGGUGCCUGCAGCACCCUCUCUAGUUACUGCUGCAUCUCCUGGGAGGAGGCUUUACAGUUCUAAAUAUGAGUUGUUCCAGCAGGUGGGAAUGUCCUUGUCUCCAUGCUACAGUGGAUAGAGGGGUCGUUACCAGGCAGCCUUGUGAAUUAUAGCACUUAAAAAUUUGGAUAUAUUAUAUAAAUGUUAAAGGCAAUUAAGGCUUCAAUUAAUCUAGUUUAGGAGCUCGGUUGGAAUAAUAACCAGAAGGAAUGGGGAAUCCUGUCUCUUGUCCAUAUUACAGGACCUUAAUAUCUCCCAACAUAUUCACUAAUGACUUUGUAACUUUAAUUGAACCAGGUUAUGGUGAUCACUUAGUAACUCUUAAGUGGAACAAAGACUAAUGGGGGGGGAAUGGAAGAUCCCUUGCCUACCCAUGCUCUAAAUCUCCGAUGCCCAACUAUCAUCAUUCUGCAUGUUUCCUUAGACACAAUCACCCUUUAUUGAUGGAUGACGACUCUUGGAAAAACUUUAAAUGGGUCCGGUUAAGCCAGUAGUUUGAGGUUAAGAGCUCGGCUGGAGUGAAAGCCUAAAGAUUAUGCCCCCUCAAGGACAGGAGCUGUGCACAUCUGGUCUCCAUUCUGAAUUUUGAUGGGUAAGACUUUCACGGGUGGGUGCAAUUUUACAGUGCCCUUUGGUGUCAUUUUAUUUUCUUUGGGUACUUUUUUCACCGUGUCAUUCCAGCCCUCCCAUUCCCCACUGCACCUGUUGUUUUUUGGGAGUAUGACAGGUCAGGUGCCAAGGAACAGAAGAGGAGAGAGUUGUGCGUUCCCUAGAAUAUCCAAACUGGAUCUGCAUUUGCUGAGGAUACUGAAUUUUUAUGAAUUUAAAAGAACUGCAAACCAGCACUAACACUUUCUAAACUACUAGAAGGUCUGUCCUCUGAAAAGAUCUCUAAAAUGGGGCAACUAGUAUAAUUUGAAUGAUGGUUUAAAGAUAACUUUUUGGAUCUCUAGCUUCUUGCACCCUUCUUUAUAAGUAGACUUUUCAGAUCUAGCCUUUGCACUGGUUUCAAAACAAUGUAGACCUGGAUUCUGCAUACUGUUGAAGAUCACUUAUUAAAACCGUUAAAAAGUC